UUGCACUGCUGCACUAGUGCAGUAAGUUGGAAAGAGACAAACAUACUUUCUUUCAUUCUAACUAAUUGCACUAGUGCAGUAGUGCAGCUAAAAAGAACAGGCCCAUUGGCGCAUCUUUGAUCAUAGAUCUCUAUGCACAUCAUGCGUGAAAUGGGACGUACCCUUUAGAAGUUAAUAAAUUAGACUUGUGAGAGCUAAAUAUUAAGAGAGAGAUGAUGGGGAAAUAUAAGCAACGUCUAACACCAAAACAUCAAGACUCUCAUCAUUUAUUAUUCUCAAUGUUCACAGCAAAUGACAUAAGGAAUUUAAGUGUAACAAAAAUAAGAACAUCUUUAUCUUUUAAUAUACUUGGACAUCCACUAAAAGGUGGAUUAUAUGAUCCAUCUUUAGGCACAACAAAGAAUUUUGAACUAUGCAGCACAUGUGGAUAUAAUAGCUUCAAAUGUCCAGGUCACUUUGGACACAUAGAAUUGCCGGUACCUGUUGUCAAUCCAUUAUUUCAUAGAGAAUUAGCCACAUUGUUCAAAUUGUCGUGCUUAAAUUGUUUUACUUUUCAAAUACCACCAGAUAUCAAGACAUUACUUGCUGCAAAAUUAAAGUUACUUUAUCAAGGGCAACUUGCUGAUCUUGAAAUUUUAGAUCAAGAGAUAACAUAUGUCAAAUCUAAUGAAAAAGAUAAAGAAAAACAAACUCAAUAUAUUUGUGAUAUAAUUGAUACUUAUAUGCAAAACUUUUUUAACAGAACCAGACUCAGUCAGUCUAUGAUUGAAAGUCAUGAGCAUAAAAGCAACAUGAAGAAUAUCAAUACACAAUGGCAUAUCUAUGUUAAAAAUGUACUUAAAGAAUAUGUCAGAAAUAAAGUUGGAAAAUGUAGGAAUUGUAAUAAUGUUUUACCAAAAAUUUCAACGUUACAAAAUAAAAUAAUGAUAAGAAAUAAAGGAGGAGUCUCCAAGGAAAUAUUGUCACAUGAAGUGAUUCAUAAAUUACAUACAGUGAUGAUUAUGCCAAAUCAGUCUAAGGAAUAUCUACGACAAUUAUGGAAUAAUGAAAAGGAUUUUUUUCAGAUAAUUAUACCCUGCUUAGAAUUAGUGGAUAUUGAAUAUCCAACUGAUAUAUUUUUUUUCGAAGUAAUACCCGUGCUACCGCCCAUUGUGCGACCAGUGAACUUUAUUAAUGGUCAAAUGAUCGAACAUCCUCAAACUUACAUCUAUAAGAACAUCAUACAAGAUUGUUUGAUCUUAAGAAAUAUUAUACAAACGAUUCAAGAUGGAAGUAUUGAUCAUUUACCUCAAGCGAGUCGACUUGUCUUUGAACAAAUAAGAGGAAAUACAACGGUCGAAAAGCUACACAACGCCUGGCAAACCUUGCAAAGCAAUAUUGAUCAUCUGAUGGAUCGCGACAUAAAUAGGACUCCAGAAUCUAUCAAUGGUUUAGGCUUGAAACAAAUUCUUGAGAAGAAAGAAGGUAUUAUUAGAAUGCACAUGAUGGGUAAAAGAGUGAAUUUUGCUGCACGUUCGGUCAUCACUCCAGAUCCUGACUUAAAUAUCGAUGAAAUCGGCAUUCCCGAAGCUUUCGCUCGAAAAUUAACUUAUCCUACAACUGUAACACCGUGGAACGUCGUUGAAUUGCGACGAUUAGUUUUAAAUGGACCCGAUGUUCAUCCUGGAGCGGUUAUAAUAGAAAAUGAAGAUGGAUCGGUACAGGCGAUUAACAGUAACGAUUCUAUGCAAAGAGAAGCUAUUGCUAAGCGUCUUUUGACAACAAAUGACAAAACCAACGAAUCCUUCACUGGCAUCAAAAUAGUACAUCGACAUCUUCAAAAUGGCGAUGUGUUGUUAUUAAAUAGACAACCAACGUUACAUAAACCGAGUAUAAUGGCUCAUAAAGCACGUGUUCUGAAAGGAGAAAAGACAUUGCAUCUUCAUUAUGCAAACUGUAAGGCGUAUAAUGCGGAUUUUGAUGGCGAUGAGAUGAACGCUCAUUUUCCGCAAAACGAACUAGCUAGAAGUGAGGGUUAUAAUAUAGCUAAUGUGUGCAAUCAAUAUCUCGUACCAAAAGACGGAACUCCGUUAAGUGGUCUUAUACAAGAUUACAUAAUAGCCGGAGUACAAUUAACAACUAGGGGUCAAUUUUUCUCACAAACGCAUUAUACACAAUUAGUUUAUACUGCACUCUCGAUGGUACAAGGAGAUGUAAUUCUCUUACCACCAACUAUUAUCAAACCAAAGCCUCUAUGGUCAGGUAAACAAGUUCUUUCAACUGUUAUAAUUAAUAUUAUUCCUUCGGAUAAGACACGAAUUAAUCUAAUUUCUAAUGCAAAGAUUAAUGUAAAAGAAUGGCAAGUGGAAACACCACGACGUUGGAAAUGUGGAGUAGAAUUUAAAAAUCCAAUAAUUAUGUCAGAAGCUGAAGUUGUAAUUCGACAUGGAGAAUUACUAUGUGGAGUGCUUGAUAAAAUGCACUAUGGUGCGACUUCUUAUGGUCUUAUUCAUUGUAUUUAUGAGCUAUAUGGGGAAAUGUAUGCAAGUAAAAUAUUAAGCGCAUUUGCAAAAUUGUUCCAAACCUUUUUACGAUACAAUGGAUUUACUCUGGGUGUUGAAGAUAUUCUAAUAACUCAUAAAAUUGACAAAAAACGUAAAGAAUUAAUUCUUGAUUGUCGAAAAAUCGGAGAAGAUGUACAAAAAUCUAUCAUAAAAGUAUCUAAUGAAGUAUCUAUGGAUGAAUUUAAAGACAAGGUGGAAGAAUUUUAUUGGCAUAAUUCGAAAUUUCGUGCACAAGUCGACCAUAAAUAUAAGAGUGUAUUAGACGUUUACACUAAUGAUAUUAAUAGAACGUGUCUACAGCUAGGACUUUUUAAGAAAUUUCCCAAGAAUAAUUUACAGCUUAUGGUACAAUCUGGCGCAAAAGGAUCCAUGGUUAAUACUAUGCAAAUAUCGUGUUUGCUUGGUCAAAGUGAAUUGGAAGGUAAAAGGCCACCAUUAAUGAUCAGUGGAAAAAGUUUAUCAAGUUUCUCAGCGUAUGAUCCGACACCUAGAGCUGGCGGUUUUAUCGAUAGUAGAUUUAUGACUGGAAUUAAGUCUCAGGAAUGUUUUUUCCAUUGCAUGGCAGGACGUGAAGGUCUUGUUGAUACUGCAGUCAAAACUAGUAGAUCCGGAUAUUUACAAAGAUGCCUUGUGAAGCAUCUGGAAGGAUUAGUUAUCGGUUAUGAUGCGACAGUUAGAGAUUAUGAUGGUAGUUUAAUUCAAUUUUAUUAUGGAGAGGAUGGCCUCGAUAUACCGGGUUCACGAUUCUUAAGAAAAGAACAAAUGGCAUUUUUAGCCGAUAAUAAAGAUGCUAUUAUAGAUACAAAAUUAUUGGAAUAUCUAAAAACAGAUAACAAAAAGAUUAGAAAAAUGAUAAAAAAGAUUAAAAAAUGGGAAGAUAAAAAUGGUUCUUCUUUGAAAAAGAAGAGAAUUAGUGAAUUUACGAGAUUUUCUAUUGAGAAUCAGAAUAACUUAAAAGAAAAAAGAAGCAUUGAUAAGUCUAAUGGAAGAAGUAAAGCUGCAUUAUCUCUUAUGCGAAAAUGGAUAAGAACGAAGGAAGAAGUGAAAGAGACAUUUCGCGCACAAUGUGCUAAAUGUCCCGAUCCAGUAACAUCAAAAUAUAGACAAGAUAUUGAAUUUGGUGUAUUACCAGAACGAAUAGAAGGUUUAAUAGACGAAUAUGUUUUUCAUUCUCCAAAAAUUAAAAAAUCCAUCCUAAGAGAUUUGUUAUCCAUCAAAAUUAUGAAAAGCAUUUGUCCACCUGGUGAACCAGUUGGUUUGUUAGCAGCACAAUCUAUAGGCGAACCAUCCACUCAAAUGACCUUAAAUACAUUUCAUUUUUCUGGACGUGGUGACAUGAACGUGACUCUAGGUAUUCCUAGAUUGCGUGAAAUUUUAAUGAUAGCAUCAAAGAAUAUAAAGACUCCAAGUAUGGAAAUACCUUUCCAGAACAAUCUGCAAAAUCUUGAAAAGCAAGCAAAGAAACUAAGAUUAAAAUUAACAAAAUGUGUCCUGCGUGAUGUAUUGAAAGAUAUUACAGUAAGUAGAACAAUAGAAAAAAGUCCAUAUAGAAAAUUAGUGUACACUAUAAUGAUCGAAUAUCUUCCUUACAAAUCUUAUAAAAAUGAGUUUUCCAUUCAUCGACAAGAUGUAAUUAAGCGUACUGAGAAAUUUUUUUUCAAGAAUAUAUUUAAAGAAAUCGAAAAACUUACUAAAGCAAGCAAAGUUUUAUUGCAUUACGAAGGAGAAAAAAGACAGGCAAGCAAUGACGAUGCACUAGAUCAAUUUGAUCCUGAUGACAUAAUGUCGGAAAAUACUGGACGAAGAAUGCAGAUGGAUUUAGGAGAGAUGCAUGAAUCAUCCGAUGAGGAAGAAAUUGCAGAGGAUGCUGAUGCGACGAUGAGUAGAUCCCUAUCGCGUCAUCAAGAAAAUCAAGAAUAUGAAGAUUCAGAAGAAGAAGUGGAAGAUAUCACAAAUUAUAAAGAGGAAGAAGCAGAUAAUAAUAAUAUAAAUAAAAACUUGGAAAAUACAGAAGAUAAUGAAGAGGAUGACUAUACUAAGGAGAAAUUAGAUAACAGAAAAAAUGACAAAUAUAACAGAAAAAAAUGUGUCCUAGAUUCAUAUUUGUAUGCUACUGAUUAUGAUUAUGACGAAAGUAAAUUAUCAUGGUGUAAAUUCACAUUUUGGUUACCACUUAAAAUGAUUAAAUUAGAUUUGCCAACAAUAAUUAAAAAUGCUGCAGACAAAACUGUUUUAUGCGAAAUACCACAUAUCAAGAAAGCUUUUACUUUUCAAAAUAGUGAAAAUGAAACAAUUCUCAAAACAGAUGGUUUAAAUAUAGUAGAGAUGUUCAAAUAUGAUAAAAUACUUAAUUUAAAUAGGUUAUAUUCUAAUGAUAUCUAUAAUAUUUCUUUAACAUACGGAAUUGAAGCUGCAAAUAAAGUUAUUGUAAGGGAAGUGAGGGAUAUCUUUAAGAUGUAUGGUAUUACUGUAGACUGUAGACAUCUAUCCUUAAUCGCUGAUUAUAUGACAUUUGAUGGAACAUUCCAACCACUUAGUCGGAAAGGAAUGGAAAAUUCUGCCUCACCAUUACAACAAAUAAGUUUUGAAAGCUCGUUAGCUUUUUUGAAAAGUGCAACAUUGCAAGGAAAAAAGGACGAUAUAUUAUCACCUUCAAGUAGACUGAUGUUAGGACAACCAUGCAAAUCUGGAACUGGAGCAUUCUCUGUAUUACCAUCAUUAUACAUGUAAAAAUAGAUAAUACGAUUCUCUAUUGAUAAAUAAUUAUAUUUUAUACGUUUAUUACAUUUUUUCACAAGAACAAAAUUGAUACCUAUAAUAAAAUGUAUUUAUUUUAUAGAAUAAAAAUCAGUUUGGUUUUUCUUGAUAUACGCAAUGCAAAAUUUGCUAUAUAUAUA